AUGACUGAUAUUGAUGAAACAUCACAACAAAAGAUAAGUAACGAAGACGAGGAAGAAGAACAUGGUGUGAUUUUAUCAGAGGGGCAUUUUGAUCCACAAAAAUGGCCAUAUUUAAAGAAAUUUCGUAUCAUUUUUCUUAUAUCCUUACCGACAUUUCUUAGUCCAUUAUCAAAUGCAUUUUUAUACCCCGCAAUAUUGGAGAUAAAAAAAGAUUUUAAUACCAGCGCAGAAUUUGUAAAUUUAUUAUUUGCAAUUUUUAUCAUUGUUCGAGGAUUAACACCAAUAUUUUGGUCAUCAUAUUCGGAUCAACUUAGAACCAGAAAAAAAGUGUAUUUAUCUUCAUUGCUAUUAUUCACAAUGAGCAAUAUAAUUUGUGGAUAUUCAAAAAACAUUCAGGAAUUGAUAAUAUUCAGAGCAUUACAAUCUCUCGGAAUUUCAGCUGCUUUUAGUCUUGGUGGAGGAACCAUUAGUGACUUAUUCAUUCCAAGUGAACGAGGAAGAGUAUAUGCCACUUACCUUAUCGGAUAUUUUAUUGCGUUUGCAACUGGUCCACUCAUUGGUGGUUUGAUAACACAAUGGUUAGGAUGGCGUUGGAUAUUUUAUGUACUAGCAAUAUCCGGAGGAGUAAUCCUUUUACUGUUAGCAUCCUUCUUACCUGAGACAUUUCGACCGUCACAAGGAUCACUUCGAUCAAUAAAAAAACAUCGAAUUCAAAUUGUAAGAGUAACAAGUCCAAAUCACCAUCGGAAGAGUCAAAAUCAUUUAUACAAAGAAAGCGGUAUAAUCCUUUAUCACCUUUAA